UCCCUUGUGCAGGCGGAGCUGCGGGCAGAGGCUCCAUGUUGGGAAGCGGCGCCGCUUGUCCUUGUUAGCGGGAAUCGGGGCGCCGCGGGCAGAGCCGGCGGGGGCCCGGGCGCUGAGCGAAGAUGGAGGCCCCGCUGCGGCCUGCCGCGGACAUCCUGAGGCGGAACCCGCAGCAUGACUUCGAGCUCGUCCAGAGGGUCGGCAGCGGCACCUACGGGGACGUCUACAAGGCCAGAAAUAUACAUACAGGAGAGUUGGCUGCAGUAAAAAUUAUCAAAUUGGAACCUGGAGAUGAUUUUUCUUUGAUUCAACAAGAAAUAUUUAUGGUUAAAGAAUGUAAACAUUGCAACAUUGUUGCCUAUUUUGGGAGCUAUCUCAGUCGGGAAAAACUGUGGAUUUGUAUGGAAUACUGUGGCGGCGGAUCACUUCAAGAUAUUUACCACGUUACUGGACCAUUAUCAGAGUUGCAAAUAGCCUAUGUAUGCAGAGAAACUUUACAGGGUCUUGCCUACUUGCAUACUAAAGGCAAAAUGCAUAGAGAUAUCAAAGGUGCAAAUAUUUUAUUGACAGAUCAUGGUGAUGUAAAAUUAGCUGACUUUGGUGUAGCUGCAAAAAUAACAGCUACCAUUGCAAAGAGAAAAUCUUUCAUUGGCACACCUUACUGGAUGGCCCCAGAAGUUGCAGCAGUAGAAAAGAAUGGUGGCUACAACCAACUCUGUGAUAUCUGGGCAGUAGGAAUAACAGCAAUUGAACUUGGAGAACUUCAACCACCUAUGUUUGAUCUUCAUCCGAUGAGGGCCCUGUUCUUAAUGUCAAAAAGUAAUUUUCAGCCCCCAAAACUAAAAGACAAAACAAAAUGGUCAUCAACAUUCCAUAAUUUUGUCAAAAUAGCACUAACCAAAAACCCAAAAAAAAGACCAACUGCUGAAAGACUUCUGACUCACACUUUUGUAGGGCAGCCAGGUCUUUCUAGGGCCCUAGCAGUUGAACUUUUGGACAAAGUGAACAAUCCAGACAACCAUGCACAUUACACUGAAGGAGACGACGAUGACUUUGAGCCCCAUGCAAUCAUUCGUCAUACCAUUAGAUCUACAAACCGGAAUGCCAGAGCUGAACGGACAGCUUCAGAAAUAAAUUUUGACAAAUUACAGUUUGAACCUCCUCUGAGAAAAGAAACAGAAGCACGGGAUGAAAUGGGAGUAUCAUCAGACCCAAACUUCGUGUUACAGUGGAAUCCUUUUGUUGAUGGUGCAAAUACUGGAAAAUCGACCUCAAAACGAGCAAUACCACCUCCCCUUCCUCCUAAGCCAAGGAUAAACAGUUACCCUGAAGACAACCUCCUAGAUGAAGAAAAAUCAUCAACUAUAAAACGUUGCCCUGAUUCAGACAACAGAGCUCCCCACGUCCUCAGAAGACAGAGUAGCCCAAGUUGUGUUCCCGGGGCUGAGACUUCCUCUAUUGGAAAUGGUGAUGGUAUUUCCAAACUGAUUAGUGAAAAUACAGAAGGAUCAGCACAAGCACCACAGUUACCACGAAAAAAGGACAAGCGAGAUUUCCCUAAACCAGUAAUCAAUGGCCUCCCACCCACCCCAAAAGUGCUGAUGGGAGCAUGUUUUUCCAAAGUUUUUGAUGGCUGCCCUUUGAAAAUUAAUUGUGCAACAUCCUGGAUACAUCCUGAUACAAAAGAUCAGUACAUUAUUUUUGGAACUGAAGAUGGUAUUUACACAUUGAAUCUCAAUGAGCUACAUGAGGCAACGAUGGAACAGUUAUUUCCAAGGAAAUGUACUUGGCUCUAUGUUAUCAAUAAUACUUUAAUGUCAUUAUCAGAAGGAAAAAGCUUUCAACUCUACUCUCAUAAUCUUAUAGCUUUGUUUGAACAAGCCAAAAAACCAGGAUUAGCUGCUCAUAUUCAAACUCAUAGGUUUCCAGACCGCAUACUACCAAGAAAGUUUGCUUUAACUACAAAGAUUCCUGAUACAAAAGGCUGCCACAAAUGUUGCAUAGUCAGAAACCCUUACACAGGACAUAAAUACCUCUGUGGAGCUUUACAGUCUGGAAUUGUUUUACUUCAAUGGUAUGAGCCAAUGCAGAAAUUCAUGCUGAUAAAGCACUUUGAUUUUCCUCUGCCAAGUCCUUUGAAUGUUUUUGAAAUGCUGGUAAUACCAGAGCAGGAGUACCCUAUGGUCUGUGUAGCUAUUAGCAAGGGCACUGAAUCAAAUCAGGUGGUUCAGUUUGAGACAAUCAAUUUGAACUCUGCAUCUUCAUGGUUUACAGAAAUUGGUGCUGGCAGCCAACAAUUAGAUUCCAUUCAUGUAACACAGUUGGAGAGGGAUACCGUUUUAGUGUGUUUAGAUAAAUUUGUAAAAAUUGUAAAUCUACAAGGAAGACUAAAAUCAAGUAAGAAACUGGCCUCUGAGCUAACUUUUGAUUUUCGUAUUGAGUCUGUAGUAUGCCUUCAAGACAGUGUGUUGGCGUUCUGGAAACAUGGAAUGCAGGGUAAAAGCUUCAAAUCAGAUGAGGUUACCCAAGAGAUUUCAGAUGAAACAAGAGUUUUCCGCUUAUUAGGAUCAGACAGGGUUGUCGUUUUGGAAAGUAGGCCAACAGAAAAUCCUACUGCACACAGCAAUCUUUACAUCUUGGCUGGACAUGAAAAUAGUUACUAAGCAAUAGAAACUGAUCUCACAUGACAGGAAAAUGAAUAUAUUCCAUUGGAAGCAAAAAUAUCUUAAGGAAAUUCAGUACAAACUACACUAUGAUUUGCUUUAACUGUUAUGGGUUAUAUCUCAAAUGAUCUGUACUUUAAGGUAGAAUUCAAUAUUUUCUGUAGCUGGAAACAGCUGUUUUAUCUCUUGCCACUGUGUGGUGGUUAUAUCAAGUUUGCUUAAUAAAAGCUAUGAGAUAAAUAGUCCUAUAGUUGCAGGAAGCCCAGUCUUUUUUUAAAAAAAUAAUGUUUGUAACAAGGGUGCCAUGAUAUUUUUAGGUAAUAACUCGUGAUUAUCUUCAGAGAUAAAUUUAGUGACAUUUUUCUCAUUUUAUACCAUGUUUUAUUCCUUCUUAAUGAACAUGAUUUUAUAAAGAAAUUAUCAAAUAAGCCUUUCACUUUUACAUUGGCCAUUCUGUAUGUUUUUGUAAAAUAGAAUAUUUAAUCCUUAUUUAUUAAUCUCUUGCUGGAGUGGUGUAAUGUUAUCUAACUUUUAGCAAAGGAGGGUUGCAGAGCAGCUUACAUUUUUUUAUAAUGUAUAAAAAUUUUGUUUACCUUUUAAGAGUAGUAAGAGGGGUUUAAAAGCAUUGUGUUUGGAGGUUCAAUACAUAUAUGCAAUUUUGUUUAACACAAGUAUUUUAUAAAACAAUAUUAUCCAGAAUUGCCUUAAAGGGAGUUUUGUGUUUGCAACUACAAAUAGCUGUAAGGCAUCAUACAGAAGAUAUUGAUAAUGGUUGAACUGUUGUUAGAAGAGGUAUGUAUGUAGAUGUGACUACCAUGUGUAUGUAUUGUUGACAAGCAGUGUAAUAUACCUGUGAUUUUUUUUUUACACUAGGGAUAAUGCAUAAGAAAUUAAUCUUCAUAUAUAUUAUCAUCCCUAAUGUGGGGGGGGGAGGGAGUAUUUAACUGCCCAUGAUAUGUAAUUUACUAUACCAGAAGGGAAACUGUAAAGCAACUACAUGUGUAAUCUUGGGUUUUUCACAUACGUAGGUAUUCAUUUUGAGUAGGUUUAAGAAAAAAGUUUUAAGUGAAAUUGAAUUCCUGAUGGGAUAGUGUAAGUAUUAUAAAAACCAAUAUUGUAAAAAUAGGAAAUAAUCAGGCCAUUUUUUAGUUUGCUUCUCUUGUGCUAUUUUUAGUAUUCAAAACUAAAGUGUCACGUUGAUACCUGGUGUCUUAAUGCGUUCACUGAGGACAGUUGGCAUUGACAUGAUGAAGACGGAAUUAGCAACAGCAAAGUAUAGAUGUAUUUCGAGCAGUUACUUGAGAGGGAAACAGUAUAACUAUCUCGUUUGGCCUUUAGCAAUUCUGUAAAAUAGGUAUUUUCAUCUCUUUUUCAGAUGGGGAAUUAAGUGGUUAGCAAGGUUAAUAGACCCAAUUCACAUGGCAAGUUAGGGGUUGAACCAGACUGUGAGUCUUGUGACUCUGUUCUUUUCACUAUGCAAUAUGCAAACAAUAAAAUGUUAUGCAAAUAAAGUAUUGUCCUUUAAAAAUGCA